AGGUCGAUUGGCGAGACACGCCCCCCAGUCAUCGUGCAACGGCGCUGCUGUAUGCGGCUGCUGCGGGACAUGCCGAUAUCUCCAUGGCUCUGCUCAAGGCUCAGGCCUGCCCAGCUUUGGUGGAUGCCAAGCAAAGAUCCGCAGCCGACUUGGCGCUGGAGGCUGGAGCAUCUCGACUGGCACAACAGCUGGAGAGUUAUGCCCAGAUGUGGAAAAGCCAAAACCAGGGCAUCAGUCCCGAGCCACGGUCCUGGCAGAAGCCAUCUGACUGGAAGGAGGCAGAGCCAGAGGUGGAUAAAGAUCCCAAGCCCGGCGUUGGUCUUCGUGCGGUGGCGCGAGGCGCGCAAGUGAUGCAGGAGCGGGUGCCCAAAGGGAAGAAGAAGCUCCUGGUGGAUGUCGUAAGAGCCAUCAAUCUGGUCACCAGCAUCUUCAGCUUCACCGUGGAUCCCGUCGUCAAGGUCCGUAUUGGCCAAGAAGUUCAAGAGACCAAAACUGCUUCAGGACAAAAUCCUGAAUGGAACGAGCAGUUCGAGUUCUACGUGCAAGGGACAGAGGUGAUCAUCUUCUCCGUAUGGGACAUGGACGCUAGCGGGGUUGAGGAUCCCGACUUCAUCGCCCGGGCGGAACUUCCAUUGAAAUACCACGUGAGAGAGUUGUACAGGGGGCAAAAGCUGGACUUGGAACUCGAGCUUGCAAAUCAGAUUGAUGACAAUUCUGCAUCAAUCCAAGUUUCUUUGCAGCUCGCAGACUCUAUGUGUGUGCCUCAGUGGAUGGUGAGCACCUCCGAUGUUCGCAAAGGACCCCUUCUGCGCUGAACACUUAGGAGGUCUGUGCGACCGUCUUGCUGCCUUUGGUUAUGGACGUUCUAUGGGCUCACUGUAGACUCAUGGCACAUUUUGAGGGUGAUAAGAUGUGACAAGAUUGACAAAGAGAUAUUUGCUAUCCAAACAGGAGCAAUGUGAAUGAUACGAAAGCCCCUACGAAGCUACAAAUGUUGCCUCCCUCAGGUGAAAAUUAGGAAACCUGAAUCACAAGUGCUGUGGCCCACAAAUGUAGCAAAUCUCGCAAUAAUUUAUCCCAUUGAAUCACCAUGUAAAAUCCCACUAAAUCACCAUCAAAUCACCAUCAAAUCACCAUCAAA